AUGGGCACCGGCGAGCGAGGUAAAGGGCAACGGCGACGGCAGAAAGCGCUGAAAGAGGGCAGGACGUACGAUAAGAAGAACAACACGUUUCGAGAGCACGACGUCUCUUACGUGGAAAAAGCUUUGAAAGCGGACACCAUGUUGGAAGCGCCGUCGUCUUUCAAGAGGUUUAUGCGCGCGCAAGAGGAGAUUAAAAAGAGACAGAUGAGACAAGAAAUCAAGAAAAGAAGAGAAAACGGACUGAACGUGGACGAUUUAGUGGCAGCGGUCGAAGACGACGAGGAGGGUAAGAAUGGAAAGAAUAACAGGAACAACAAUAACAGGAACGAAAAUAAGACGAAGAAGAAAGAACGGAAGAAAGACGAGGACGAAAAGAAAUACGAAGGCUUUUACGACGAAGAUUUCGCGAAUGCGAGAGAAUAUGCGGGCGUUCAGGAUGAUGUAGAAGCACUGCCGGCUUCAAAGACAACUCAGAAGACGAACGAUAGGGACGACAAGGACGACGAUACAGAAGAAGAAGAAGAAGAAGAAGAAGAAGAAGAAGAAGAAAAGAGAGAAAGCGAAAGAAACGAUGACGACGACGGCGGUAACAGUAGUAGUAGUUUUAGCGGCGAUGAUGAUAGUGAAGAGGUGGGAGAAGAAAUUCGAAGGAGGAACAUGCCCGAUAAAGGUGAAAAGGGUCAAUUGUUCGACGAAGACAUCCUCGGAGAAGAAGGCAAAAAGAUAAAGAAAACGAAGAAGACUAAGUAUAAAUCGCUUCGCGAGAGGAAGAAGGAACAACGAGCGCAAGCAAGGAUAGAGGAAGAAGAAAAGGAAAAGUUUCUCGGCAUAGUCAAAGAACUGCCUAAGUUCGGAGAAGUUGCAGAGGCACCGCCGCAAAUUACCAUAAAGAGGAAAGGUGGUGGUGGUGGUGCAAAAAAUGGUAUAAAUGGAGGCGCUGGAAAUCGUCAAUCUAAAAUUUUCGCUGACCUCAUGUUCAAUGCAAACUCCAACAUGAAAAAGAAAAAAGCGACGAGGUCGCGUCAAGGUCCAAUCAUUGGAUUGAAAAGACAACACGACAUGGCAGUUUUGAGAGAAGAUUUAAUCGCAAAAUAUAGAGAAAUGAAGAAUCGUCCUUCCACAAAUGGACGAAGUGCGUCAGUAGGAGCCAAAGAAUCCUCGCGAGUAUUUGAACAACGACCGCGUUUCGAGCAAAUUCGAGAAGACGCGAAGAAUGCGAAGAAGAAGAAGAGAUGA